GAGGCGUAGCUUCUUAACACCAGCAAGUGCGGCUCGCCGCACGGGACUCCGUCCGAUUCAUUUGCAGAGGCGGGGUGAGCCACACUGACGCUCGAGCGGAGCAAGAGUGACGCUUCAGCCUUUAAACUGCCACCUAACAUUUCAGUCCUUCAGACGACAGAAGAAGAUCAAAGAGAAGAGAAGGAAACAGAGGGUCUGUUCCAGUCAGGUUGUGCACCCCCUCCAGUGGUCUUUGUGCCUCUACCAUCGGUGAAAAAUGAGUCUAAGUGAGUUUGAAGACCUGUGGGAGAAUUUCGGGGAGUUGAACUUCUCUGAAACCUUCAGCAACAUCACAAGUGUGGAGGCCAUGGUUUGUGCCACAGCAUUCAAUCGCAGUGCCCUACUGUACUCCAUGUGCGUCCUUUACACGUUCAUCUUCGUCAUUGGCCUGGCUGCCAACGCCCUCGUCCUCUGGGUGAACAUCCGCGCUCAAAGCGACUCCACCCCUCGCCAUGAGACGCACACGUACAUCGCUCACCUGGCGGUUGCAGAUUUGUGUGUGUGUGCGACACUUCCCAUCUGGGUGAGCUCGCUGGCCCAGCACGGCCACUGGCCCUUUGGGGAAGUUGCGUGCAAACUCACGCACCUGCUGUUCUCUGUCAACCUCUUUGGCAGCAUCUUCUUCUUGGCGUGCAUGAGCGUGGACCGUUACUUUAGUCUGUUGCAGCCCAGAGAGGAAGGAGCCCAACGCAGGAAGUUGAUCCGCCGAGGUGUAUGUUUGGGGGUUUGGCUUCUGGCUCUGGUAGCCUCCUUGCCAGACACCCACUUCCUGCACACUGUGAAGUCAACACAUAGCGACACCAUGCUGUGCAGGCCUGUGUACCCAGAGGAGAACCACACAGAAUGGAUGGUAGGAGUGCAGCUGAGUUUUAUCCUGCUGGGCUUUCUUCUCCCCUUUCCGGUCAUUGCAGUCUUUUAUGCCCUGCUGGCCAGAGCUUUCGCCCACUCCUCCUCUUCAUCAUCCUCAUCUCCAGUGGAGCAAGAGCGCCGCGUCAGCCGCAGAGUUAUUCUGGCCUACAUUGUUGUUUUUCUGGCGUGUUGGGGGCCUUACCACUCCGUGCUCUUGGCUGACUCCCUGUCACAGCUGGGCUUGGUGCCCCUGACUUGUGGCCUGGAGAACGUGCUCUACGUGGCUUUGCACCUCACCCAGUGCCUGUCCUUGCUCCACUGCUGCUUCAACCCCAUUCUCUACAACUUCAUCAACAGAAACUACCGUUAUGACCUCAUGAAGGCGUUCAUUUUCAAAUAUUCAACUCGAACGGGCCUGGCACGUCUCAUCGAGGCUCCUAACAUGUCUGAGACUGAAUACUCUGCUGUAGCUGUAGAAAACCCGCCACUCAUAUCAAAGACAACAUCUGAAUGACUUUGAGGAAGCAUAAACGUGUGUUACAGCCGAUUAUUUUCAUCUGCUGUCCAAAACCAGCAUGUUUUUUUACAGAGACUGUUUAGUUUUAGAAAAACUUGAAGUCUCCAACUUUUCAUCUCUUGACCAAUUUUUAAAAGAAGCACUUAAAACAGUUCAUGAAAACAGUCAAUUUAAAAAAAAAUCAGCAUAAACAUAGUUAUUAUAGUUGAAAAGCCAAAAGACUGUAACUUGUGCAAAAAUGUUAUCUAUAUUGUGUGUUUGAAUGUAUUUUGUUUGCAUUUUUUCUAUGAGGUCUGAUGUCGUACCAGGAGUGUAAUAUCUUUGUAUUUAGUUGUAUUUAUAUUCAUUUGUGUGGAUUUGUCUCUCUCUCAUUGAAAUGCUAAGUCAUCACACACUGAUUCCUGCGCCACACCGCACAACACUGCCUCAUUGUUGUUUAAAGUUGAUCCACUGACUGGCUCUGCGCUUCAGUCCUGCUGUCUCAACAUGAAUCACAUCCUCAUGUAUCAGACAAAACCCUCAGAUAAUUAAUCUCUUAAAGGCAAUAACCUUUUCUUCCAAGGAAUGUUUUUUUACAUGGAUUGAUUUACAUAAAGAUGUGAGACUUGUAUGCAUAAAUUUUAAUGUUUAAUCUUGUUUCUGACCCUCAUUUUUUAAAUAUUUUUAUUCAAAUAAUUGUGCAUUUUGUGGUACAACACCAAAUUUUGCAUGUAUGUAGGUUAGGAUUCCCUCUUUCAGAAAAGCGUGUCAGCCACGAGAAAAUACAGGAUUUUUAAAUAUAAAUAAUACACACAUAAUAGUAUUUUGUAGGGAACCCCUCAAAUUUAAGGACUGUGUAUUGUACAUGAACAGCCCAUAUUGGGUCCAAAUUGAUCAGACAGAAAUGAGCAACCUUCAUGAUGUCACUAAACGUCAUCACGUCUAGCUUCCAAGUAUUGCACAAUGCACAGACUGAGUUUUUGCUGUGUCAUAGAUGCUGUUUGUGUUGUUUUUCCCAUAUGGCACCUAUAAACACUUACCGGUAUUUGUAAAUCAUCAAAAGUGAUUUAGUUUGACUCUGGUUAUCUGUUAAUUAUGUUUUAACCAAACAGUGUUGUGGAUUAAGUCAUUAAGCUACAAAGUAUGAAAGAAUGUGAGAUCAAAGACGUUAAUAUUUUAAGUGAAGUUUUAAUUUUUAAAUCCUAAGGAAUAACACUUCUAUGAGUCUCUCUUUGCCAUAGAUUGUGUUGCUAAAUUUUAUAAUAUUCAUUUUAAAUACUUUCAACUUUAAAUAAAUAAAUACACUCCAAACCUUCGCAUUAACUUUAAACUGAAGUGGCAGCACUAUUGUGUACAAGUUUAGAAACAUGUUACACUGCUUUGCGUCUGGAACUAAUAUCAGCUCUAGCAGUGGAUCAGACACACAUGCUCAUUUGGCGUCGAUUCAGCUACAGCAGCACACAAGCACAGAUUGCUCAAACUCAAUCAAGGAAGCAAAUGAAUCUGUCAAUGCAGGCAGAGAUGUGUCCAAAUGCAGACUGAGACAGACGUUCCAAUAUGUCAAUGCAUUCCUCACAGUGUGUGCGUGAAUAACCAAAGCUCGACACCAAAAUUUGCACGUCAGAAUCAUUAAAUCGCACAUUUUUCUCACUGUAUUGUUCUGAUGCACGGAUGCUGCACAGCAUUAUGUCACCCAAUUUGUUUUGCGUGUUUUCAUGCUGAAACGGUUUUCAAAAGUGGUUAGUACAAAGUGAGAGAAAACAAACAUGUUUCUACAAGAACAGAGAAGUUCUUUUGUUAUUGUAAUGUAUUACCUGUUUAAUUACAUAAUAAACACAGAAAAAUGG